AUAAAUAGCCACUUCAUCCUUCUUUAUUUCUCCAAUGGCUUCCAGCGGCAAAGAAAUAGCGUCAGAGCUCCUUCCUCUCAUCAGAGUUUACAAAGAUGGCACCGUCGAACGCCUCAUGGGAUCUCCCUAUGUGUCCCCAUCUCUUCAUGACCCAGAAUACGGCGUCUGUUCCAAGGACAUCACCAUCUCUCACAACCCGAAAAUCUCAGCUCGCCUUUUCUGCCCUCAAACCCUAAACCAACAUGUCCCAAACCAAAAGCUUCCGGUUUUGGUCUACUUCCACGGCGGUGGUUUUUGCUUUGAAUCUGCUUUCUCGUCUGAUCACCACCGCUUCCUCAACCGCCUAGUCUCGAAAGCCCAAGUCGUCGCCAUCUCAGUCGAGUACAGACUUGCCCCAGAAGUCCCACUUCCCUUUUGUUACCAAGACUGCUGGGCUGCUCUUCAAUGGGUCGCUUCGCAUAUUGAAAAUGAAGAGCGUGUUAGUGCUAUUAACAAAGAGCCAUGGCUAGCCAGCUACGGCGAUUUCGAUAGAGUUUACAUUGGUGGUGACAGUACAGGUGGUAAUAUUGUACAUAACAUAGCAAUGAAGGCCGGGACUGAGAGCUUGAGUGUGAAAAUCGUGGGGGCAUUUAUGUCCCACCCCUACCUUUUGAGUUCCAAGCCACUGGCGUUGGAGCCAAAAGGCGAAGAGUUCGAGAAGUAUCUGCCUUGCCUGGUUUGGGGGUUUUUGAAUCCGUCGGCUCCGGGAGGUCUUGAUAAUCCGAUGGUUAACCCGGUAGGUUUGGGUGCUCCGAGCAUGGCUGGGCUUGGGUGCUCUAAGCUGCUUGUGUGUCUCUCUAGCAAUGAUGAGUUGAGGCCUAGAGGUGUUUGGUAUUAUAAUUUGGUCAUGGAGAGUGGGUGGAAAGGAGAGGUGGAGUUGUUUGAAGUCGAAGGAGAGGGACACGCUUUCCAGAUUUUCAGUGUGGCCGAGACCCAUAAUGUUAAGAAAAUCAUCAACAAAUUGGCUUCUUUUCUUGUGUAACAUCUCAUGUAUUUGCUACUUUGAUCAUGUGUUCCAAAUGUAGGAUGAACUGAUGAAGGAUAUUUCUUUCAGUUCAACAAAACAAUUUGGUUCACAUCCAUUUAAACUAUUUGGAUCACUCCAUCAAGCUUAAUUUGUUUCUAUAUUAUUAAAGGCAUAAUCAUCGCCAUAUUUU